AAUAAUGAAUCUCAGUAGUCUUUCCGGCGUACAUCCCAGAAACUUGGGAUUACAAAAAUAUCCAAAUUUAUCAUACUUUAGAGCCAUGAUCAAGAUCCUCAGGACCCUGUCGGGCAAAGGUCUUCACCUCACCAGGAGACUUCAUACGCGACUGCAGGUCUGCCAGGAAGCCAACGUCUAUGUCCAUCCGGAGCUGCGUCGCACCAUUCCCCUCGUUUACUUCAGCAAAGGGGAACUGCCUAAGCUGAAUCAAGGAGUCCCAGCCAACGGGCAGUGCGAAAUAUCUUCCUUGGAGAGGAGUCGAAGAUGCACGGAGGCUUUUCGCCAGUUUUGCAGUAGACAGCAGCAAUGCUUUUCUAGCACAUACCAGUGGGCAGAGUUCCGGCGAAAGAUGAUCUACGGCAGUUACUAGCGUGCAGCCACCCACCAAAGACUAAAUCCAGUGAAAAACUUUUAAAUAACCAUUAGCUCUAGCAUUGUGGCUUAAAAAGGGUUUUGUUCUGAUCUGAUUCGCCUGCGAAGUCAUAACAAGAUGGUUUUUAAGCCGCAAUGCCUGGGUCAUUGCUAAUGGCAAAGUUGAGCUCAAGCAAUUAAAUAGGAUGACAUAGGAAACAAA